AUGGCAGGAAAAGGACCGCCAGGCACUGGCGAGCAAAUGCCGAUGUUUCAGACAUCUCAACCUGACGCGGUAUCAAGCGGGAAUUUCAAUGCACUUGAUCUAGAUGAUCUGUUUGUUGACUGCUAUUUUGAUGUUCCAGGUAUGCCAAAUAAUGGCGCAGCCAAUUCAGCCUCGGCAUCUCCGGUUCCAGCAGCUUCACCAGCGAGUGCUGGUGAUGCAGCCGGUUCGGGUGGAACACAUAAGAGAACAGCUUCCGAUGCCGAUUUGGACGACGAGGGUGGUACCAAGGAGCUAACAGCAAAGCAAAAGCUAGAAAGGCGUGAAAGAAAUAGAGAGCACGCAAAGCGUAGUCGACUUCGAAAGAAGUUCCUUCUUGAAAGUUUGCAGGAGCAGAUUCAUGCUUUGCAAGAGCAGAUGGAGAAUUUGAAGGGAGCAAUCAAGAAAGAAUUACCUCACAAGGCUGACGUAAUCAUCAACGGUAUAUGCGGUGACAAUGAAAAGUAUACACCCCUUCCUAUGCCAAGUGGAUUUGGCCCAGUCAAGACUCUGAUGGAACCAGAUUUUCGUCUCAUGUCCGCGCUAUCCGGAUCCCAACAGAACUUUGCCAUCAGCGACCCUACUCUUCCAGACAAUCCUAUCGUCUACGUAUCACAGGGUUUCCUGGACCUGACAGGAUACACUCUGGACCAAGUUUUGGGAAGAAAUUGUAGAUUCCUUCAGGGUCCGGGGACCGAUCAAAGCGCUGUGGAUGUCAUCCGAAAGGGAAUCAAGGAGGGAAUUGACACUUCUGUAUGCUUAUUGAACUACAAGGCAGAUGGAACUCCCUUCUGGAAUCAGUUCUUUGUUGCCGCUCUUCGAGAUGCUGCAAACAAUGUUGUGAACUACGUCGGGGUACAGUGUGAGGUUUCGAAAGCAGUGGUUGAAAAACACAUGGGAGAGAAAAAGAAGUAA